CCGGCAGCUCACGCAGGUGCUUCCUUGCCUCGUCUUCAUGUGCUCGGCUGCUCGGCGUUAACGGACCGUAAUCUGGCUAACAGAGAGUAGAGGUUGACAGUUGAGGCCAUGACGAGGUCAGCUGGCUGUUGUUGGUCACCGGGCUUUUUCUAGCUAACGCUAACGUUAGCUCUGAACCGUUCACGUUCUGUUGGACCACCGAGGACAGCGCGCGACCUUGGAGACGUUGCCAUGGAUUUGACGCGGCUGGCUGUGGAUGCCGGUCAGCUCAUCAACCGGGCUGUUCAGUACACGGAGGAGAGUCUUGGCCAGGCGGACAAGACAGAGUUGGACCCCGGGCUAGAUGAGCUCCUGGCCCGGGCAGACGCAACCAAGACCUGGACGGACAAGAUAAUCUCCCAGACUGAGGUUUUACUGCAGCCCAACCCCGGAGCACGGUUAGAGGACCGGCUGUAUGAGCAUCUGGAUUGGAGCGUCCCACCAAGGCCUCGUGCACAUGAGGCCCUGGGGGACCAAAUGACCCAGGCUGGUCUGGAGAUGGGUUCCAACACACCCUAUGGAAUGGCGCUGCUAAGGUGUGGAGAGGCUCAUAAGCGGCUUGGCGAGGCAGAGAAAAAGUUUGUCCAAAGCACUAACAUCCACUUUCUCACCCCUCUGAGGAGUUUCACUGAGGAGGAAUACAGAACCAUACAGAAUGAGCGCAGGAUGUUGGUGAAUAAGCGUUUGGACUUGGACAUAGCAAAUACCAGACUGAGGAAAGCACAUGAGGCCGACCGAGAGGCCAGAAACCUGAACGCAAACCCCCUGGAAGAUGACUACUUGUCUCAAGUCUCCUACAUGUUCAGCUUCCUGCGUGUUAAAUGGCUAAAGAUAUGGGCUCAGGAAAUCUCUCAGGCAGAGAUGGAGCUGAGGAUCUGUCAGAGUCUGUUCAAUCGGCAGUCAGAAAUUACAAGACAAGUCGUGGAAGGAAUCAGUAACACUCAUACCAACCACAUGCGGUGCCUCACUGACUUUGUGGAGGCUCAGGCCUGUUACUUCGACCAGUGUAACCAACAUGCUCAGGAGCUUCAGAGACAGCUGGCCAGCAUUCCAGCUGUCCUCUGCUCCAAUAACUGGCAGUCGGCAGUAAGUAAUGCAGUUAAUCAGCCAUCAACAAGCAACCAUGAAGCCAAUGAGCCCGUCGGGUUAAAUCAAGUCACUCCACUUCCCAUAGUCGUCCACCAACUUCCAGAAUUCGACCAGGACUCAUGGACCUUAAAUCCACCACCCGGAACUAAAACAGCAACAGAUUCCUCUGUAACCUCACAGCCACCUGAUCAGGCAAAUAACAACAAUAACAACAACCUCUUCACUGAUGGCCAGGCAGCCAGCCAACAUUCAGUGGCCAACCAAGCACUUGAUCACGCCUGUACAUCAAAUUCAGACAGGGACCCAACAGAUCAGAUCUCGACACUCAGCCGAACAACUGACGGAGCAGCAGCUGCAAUAAGCAACGGUGCAGAUAGUCUGACAACAACACCUUGGGCACCUACUGAACUCAGUGGAACCUCAAGUGAGUCUCACGCUACAAACGCAGUAGGUAGUGAGACCCUAACAACCGAUGGCAUGGUUAUUGAGACCUUGACAACCAAUGGAAUGGCAGCUGAGUCCCAAACAACCAAUGAAACAGCUGAGCUGCCCACCAUCAAUGGAGAAGAUGUCCAGGAGUCAUCAUCAGACGGUCAGGCUGUGGGUCAGUAGAGAUUCAUGUCUGGCAGGGGAUUUAGCACCAGGCCAAAGACACGUGAGCUGGGAUGGUCUUUGAUCGAAGCUCCAGCUGAGUUAGACCGGCGGUAAAUGACAUCGUAGAUCCACGAAUACGAACUGUAUUAGAAAGAACGGAUACACAAUUAUUGUAACAUGUGGUAAGGUUAAAAAAAACUUUAAUUAAUCCCAUAGGGAAGAUAAUGUGAAGUGGUUGUAAAAGUGCUUAUUUUUCUAAACGUGAUAUAGUGCCACAAUAAUUAGCCUUUAGCCAUAUUCAUAUAUUAUUCAUGUUGUAUGAAAAUUGAAACUGUUGAGUAUCAGUCUCUCUUGUGGCAGUGUAUGUGUAAUAUUUCCUCGCCUCUGGCUGGCAGACGAGGCCUGACUGACUGUUGCAUUUGUAGUGAGCGAUUGUGAAACGUCGUCAGUCUCUGAAACCAAAUCCUUAUUUUUUACAUUUAGCUAAAUGAGAGAACUAACAACGCUUUGUGCCAAGUGUGUGUGUGUGUGUAUUAGUUGGUGUGAAACCAUCAGCUCACAUGUGAGUGUCUCGGUGUGUUUGUGUCCAAGUCUGUCAGUGACCCACGUGCACUCAGCUGCGUUUACAGCUUCCCCAAACCUGUGACACCUUUACAGAGAGGUGUGUGUAUACGUAUGUGACUCUGCCACCUCUUGACUCAUGUUGCUACAGGUUGAGGUCAUUUUCCAUAUGAAGCUUGUUACUUGUGUGUGUUGGGAAGUCCAGAAAGGUGACUAAACACCAAGCUGAACAGAGCCUUUAUGCUGAGGUAUAAAAUAUGUUUCUUCAUACAUAGUGUGGGUGUUUUUCCCCUCCCAACACAUAGUCAAAUCACAUAUUCACUUUUACCCUUUUCCCCCUUAAAGCCUCCACUAGGUGAAAUGGGUAGAACUUUCCAUGUCCAGAUGUUGUUAAUUUUCUUUGCAAGGGCAGGCAUGCUCUGCUGUGGUGUGGGUCCGCUCUAGGGACCCUGGAUGGUGUAAUCACCCUCCAGCUCUAAGCUCUACGCUUUUGUCCCAAUACGUAAAUACGUGUGUGUAUGGAUCGCUGCAGUAUUCACAGUUCUAGAUGCUGCCAGUUUUAAAGCGCAUAAAUGCAGUCAUUACUCAGUCACAUGCACAUUGAGCUGAUGUCAGUGCGAGUUUGGACUUUUCUCUUGAUCCAUGUGAAGCUGUGGAA